AAAGUAUGAACGGGUAUAAAAAGAGGGGAUGUGGAUGAAUACAUCUCAGUCAUUGGCAGAACCCGAGACAGACGAAUCAGCAAGGCUGCAGAACUGAACAGAACGAUGAAGUUGUUGGUCUUUGCUUUAGCCGUCGUGCUGCUGUUUACAGCUGGUGAAGCCCUGGAUUGCCACCGGUGUGUCUCCAGGCAGGCCGGAGGAGCCUGUGAGCUCAGCGUGGAGACCUGUAAACCAGGGAAGGACGCCUGCGCUGCGGCCAAGUUCCUCAGAACUCCAUAUGGUCAGUACCAGAAAUGCAUGGCUCUGACAGACUGUGAAAAUCUGAAGAUGAACGCCUACAUCGAUAUUAACUGCUGCACCGAAGACAUGUGCAACACCUUUUAAAAUUACUAUGCGCUGGAGUGUCUUUGUGAAAGGCACUUAAACCCGAUGACUCCUUCCGACUCGUGUGAAUUCAGCUUCUUUUUAGAAGAACGAAAUUUGCUCAGUCAAUUUUUUUCCUUUGACAAAUAAAAUGGUUUGAAAAGGAGCAAA